UGCACCAUGGAUCCUUCGGAGAAGAAGAUAUCGGUGUGGAUCUGCCAGGAAGAGAAGCUGGUGUCUGGUCUCUCCCGCCGCACCACCUGCUCGGACGUGGUUCGGGUGCUGUUGGAGGACGGCUGCCGGCGGCGACGGAGGCAGCGGCGGGGCCGGCGGCGGGGAACGGCCGGCGACUCUCCAGGCCGGGAGGAGCUUCGGGAACUCCUGGACGAAGACGAGGAGGACGACGACGAGGCGCUGCCGCAGGGCAUGCUGUGCGGGCCCCCGCAGUGCUAUUGCAUCGUGGAAAAGUGGCGGGGCUUUGAACGCAUCCUGCCUAACAAGACGCGCAUCUUGCGCCUCUGGGCCGCCUGGGGCGACGAGCAGGAGAAUGUGCGCUUCGUGCUGGUGCGCAGCGAGGCGUCACUACCCAACGCGGGCCCCCGCAGCGCCGAGGCGCGCGUUGUGCUCAGUCGCGAGCGCCCCUGCUCCGUUCGGGGCAUCCCCGCGCGGCCCAGCCUGGCCAUGACCCAGGAGAAGCAGCGGCGGGUCGUGCGCAAGGCCUUCCGCAAGCUGGCCAAGCUCAACCGGCGGCGCCAGCAGCAGCCGUCGUCGCCCUGUUCGUCUACGUCGUCUUCCACCGCCUCGUCCUGCUCGUCGCCGCCGCGGGCCACCGAGAGCGCAUCCGUGGAGCGCAUGGAGACGCUGGUGCAUCUGGUGCUCUCCCAGGACCACACCAUUCGUCAGCAGGUGCAGCGGCUCCGGGAGCUGGAUCGCGAGAUCGAUCGCUACGAGGCCAAGGUGCACCUGGACCGCAUGAGGCGGCACGGAGUCAACUACGUGCAGGACACCUACUUGGUGGGCGCAGGCAUCGAGGUCGACGGGCCCAGCCCGGUAGAGGAGCCCGAGGCGGCGGCGGCGGCGGCGCCCCUGGACGGCGAGGCGCAGGCGGCCGCGCUGGAGGAGCUGGCCCGGCGGUGCGACGACCUGCUGCGGCUGCAGGAGCAGCGGGCCCAGCAGGAGGAGUUGCUGGAGCGCCUCUCAGCCGAGAUUCAGGAGGAGCUGAACCAGAGGUGGAUGCGGAGGCGCCAGGAGGAGCUCAUCGCGCGGGAGGAGCCCCUGGAGCCUGAUGGUGGCCUCGACGGCGAGCUGCUGCUGGAGCAGGAGAGGGUCAGGACGCAGCUCAGCACCAGCCUCUACAUCGGGCUCCGGCUCAACACGGACCUGGAGGCCGUUAAGUCGGACUUGGAUUACAGCCAGCAGCAGUGGGACAGCAAGGAGCGCGAGCUGCAGGGCCUCCUCCAGACUUUGCACACGUUGGAGUUGACGGUGGUCCCCGAUGGGACUGUCGGCUCUGGCGGACCCUCCCGGGAACCGCGGCCUCAGGGCUGCGCGGAGAUGUGGGUGGACCAGGCCCGCGGACUGGCCAAGAGCUGUCCUGGCAACGACGAGGACUCGGAUACCGGGCUGAGCUCCAUGCACAGCCAGGACUCGGACUCGGUGCCCGUGUGCGAAUCUCUUGUGUAAGAGGUGUAGACCACGCUUCUCCCUUCCUCGAAGAAAGCAGUGGCCUUGGCCGGCUCAGGGACUGGAAACCAGGCAGGGGGUGGGCGGGGGAGCUCCUGCCAGGUAGCAUUGCUCUUCGCGGGGUGGGGGGAGGGCUGGCGACACCCGCCAGGCCAGGGAGUGUG